AUGGCGAAUAAACGAACCUUAUAUGUUGGUGGUUUGGCCGAGGAAGUAGAUGAAAAAGUUUUACAUUCUCUAUUAAUUCCUUUUGGAGAUAUUGUCGAUGUUCAGAUACCUAUGGAUUAUACAACACAGAAGAACCGAGGAUUUGGCUUUGUAGAGUUUGAGCAAGCUGAGGAGGCCGCAGCUGCUAUGGACAAUAUGGAUGAAGCUGAAUUGUAUGGAAGAACGAUACGUGUUAAUAUUGCAAAACCUAUGAGGAUCAAAGAAGGCUAUAGCAGAGCAGUUUGGAGUGAAGAUUCUUGGUUGAAAGAACAUGCAGGUAUAGCAACUGCUGAAGAGACUGAUGCUAAGCGUCGAUCAAACCCUCGUGUAUACUUUGAUAUCAAAGUAGGUAGCAAGGCCUGCGGAAAAAUUAUUAUGGAGUUAUAUUACGACGUAGUUCCGAAAACUGCUGAAAAUUUUAGAGCCCUAUGUACCCAUGAAAAGGGAUUUGGAUACAAAGGAAGUAAAUUUCAUAGAAUCAUUCCACAAUUCAUGUGCCAAGGUGGCGAUUUUACGAACCAUAAUGGCACAGGAGGUAAAUCGAUAUAUGGUGCAAAAUUUGCUGAUGAAAAUUUUACAUUGCGUCACGAUGGACCGGGUACGUUGUCUAUGGCAAAUAGUGGCCCGCAUACCAAUGGAUCACAAUUUUUUAUUUGUACCGCCAAAACUGAUUGGCUAGACGAUAAACAUGUUGUAUUUGGCAAAGUUAUUGAGGGGAUGAAUAUUGUACGUCAAAUGGAGAACGUUGGUUCAACAUCUGGUAAAACUAGUCAAAGAGUAGUCAUUGCAGACUGCGGUGAACUGUAAGAAUGUAAUAUUUGGUAUACAAAAUUGGCCUAUCUAUGUUCCAUUGUAUACUCUGUCACGAGUAUCUGCAACGCACGAAUCUUCACGGCUUUUCUGUAAUUUUUCAAUGAUCUGACUGCUGUACCACUCCUUGUAGUAUUUUGUCGAAAUCUGUAAAUGUCUUACACUGUACGCGGUAUGAAGUAGCCCAUGUUUUCAUAGUAACUAAUUUAAAUAUUUUAUACACGCAACAAUCGUAAUCUAAUGAUAGAUUGUUAUUAGUUGAGCCAUAAC